UUAAAGAGACGUUUCCACAACUUAUAAAGAGUUUAUUUUUAAUCUCCAUUUUUAUAGCUUCUUCUUCUCCUAGCAGAGGCAGAGCCUACCCUAAGUUAAGCUUCAAUUUCAAUUGAAAAUGGUGUUGAUUGAACAAGAACCAGAACAUCAGCAAAAUCACACUAAAGAAUCUCUCGUAAACCUUCCAAAAACAGCAAUCUCCGAUUCCACGACCAGCGAUCACGGGGACGCUGCCUCGUCUGACGGAUUCGAAACGGCAAGUGAACGCGACCUUAGUGACAACCCAAACGAAGACGCUCAAGGUGACUUAAACGAUAGCGCUCUGGAUCAUCAAAACGACGAUGCAUUGAAACAGCAGAAAGCGGUAACUGAGGCAACUGAGGCGAAAGCUGAGGGGAAUAAACUGUUCGGAGAAGCCAAGUAUGAAGAAGCGUUAUUGCAAUACGAUGUCGCGUUAAGUGUGGCUGAAUCGGCAUCGGUGCCUGAAGAAUUGAAUGAAUUGCGUUCAAUUUGUCACUCAAAUCGGGCCGUUUGUUUUCUGAAACUUGGAAAAUACGAGAACACUAUCAAGGAAUGCACAAAGGCAUUGGAGCUAAAUCCUACAUAUAUGAAAGCUCUGGUAAGAAGAGCAGAGGCUCAUGAAAAGCUUGAACACUUUGAAGAGGCUAUUGCUGAUUUGAAAAAGAUCUUGGAACUGGAUCCAUCGAACAAUCAAGCCAGGAAAACCAUUAUCCGCUUGGAGCCACUGGCUGCAGAAAAACUAGAAAAGAUGAAGGAGGAGAUGAUUGGAAAACUGAAAGAAAUGGGCAACUCUGUACUGGGUCGAUUUGGAAUGAACAUCGACAACUUCAAAGCUGUUAAAGAUCCAAACACGGGUUCGUAUUCUAUACAAUUCCAACGUUAGCUAGUUUGUUUCCAGUAUAGUUACAUUAUGUUUAUUGGAAGAUAAGACUCUGAAGAAUGCUACCAGUCUACAAAAUGAUACAAGAUACAAUCCUGGGCUGUUGUGUUGUCAUAUAUGGGAUUUGAUGAUCACCCGAUGUUUUUAAGUUGUUCUUGGGAUCUUAGAAAUUUGAAGUUGUUUUAUUUUAUUUCAAAGUUUUUUUGUAAAUUGACUCUAUAUUUCUUGCUUGUGUUCUAUUGUAAUGUAUGAACGGCUUUAUUUGAGAAGUUUAUUGCCUAUAUAAAUAUAACUGAGUGCCAAUUUGGGUA